CUCCCUGAACCCCGCCGCCGCCAUGGCCGCCGCCUCCGCGCUGCUGCUGGUGGGCCUCGCGCUCGCGUCGCUGGCGUCGCUAGCCGCGGCCGGGGACGGGAACGGGGUGUACGACCCGUGCAGCGACGCGCGGAUCCAGCGCGGGGACGGCUUCAGCUUCGGGAUCGCCUUCGCCAACGCCGCCGCGUUCUACUCGGGCUCCGUGGAGCUCUCCCCCUGCGACCGCCGCCUCAACCUCGCGUCCCCGGCCCAGCUCGCCGUCUUCCGCCCCAAGGUCGACGAGAUCUCCCUCCUCACCAUCAACACCACCACCGGCUUCAACCCCGCCUCGGCUGGUGGAUACAUGGUAGCAUUUGCUGGUAGGAAGUAUGCAGCCAGGUCUACUCCGACUUUUGUGUCCAAUUCUUCAUUUACAGUGUCCAGCUUCACCCUGGUUCUUGAGUUCAAUAAAGGCAGACUUCAAAACUUGCAUUGGAAGAAGGAUGGCUGUGGUGCUUGUGCGAAAUCAUCAAACCUUGUUUGCCUUGGCAAGCAAACCUGCGCCUUCAGAACACAAAGCUGUAAGAGCCAGGGUCCUGUCGACUGCAGUAUCGGCAUCCAAUUGGCUUUCUCAGGCACCGAUAAGCAUGAGUCAGUUUUGAACUCAUGGUAUGAGGUGUCUAACCUACGACAAUACUCCCUAUACGGGCUGUACUCGAACCUGAAGGACACCCUGAGCGGCCAGUUCAACAAGUUCUUCUAGGCUUUUGGUGCAUUCUUUGUCCAUACACUUCUGCCACUACUUCUCUGGAGCACCCCGCCUGAUGUUGUACCUAUUGCUCUUUAGGUUUGCCCGAUCUGAUUUUAGCUUGUGUGGAGAUGCCCUUCUGUGUCAUUUUCCACUAGUAUUCUUUCCAUUCCUGUUCGCACUUAACUUCCAUUAUGUGAUGGGUUGCUAUCUCUUGAUGUCAUCUAUGCAAGACAGGUCCAUGUCCAGUUUGCGCGGUUGUAAAAAAAUUGCCGAGUGAAUUAUGAUAUUAACAGCUUUCAUCUAUGUGCCAGUUGCCACAUGUUUC